AACAACCAAUUAAUAUAGUGGGUGUGACCCGGGAGGACAGCGGUUCUGUGCACGGCGUUUCUGCAGACCGGUCGGGUUUUGGUGGAGAGGUUUCUGCGGCAGUGUGGAAGCAUGGAUGCUGAAAAGAAAAUCUGUAUUAUUGGCUCCGGAAAUUGGGGUUCGGCCAUCGCCAAGAUCGUGGGCACCAACGCCGCGCAGAACCCCAAGUUCCACACGCGUGUCAACAUGUGGGUGUUCGAGGAGAUGGUGAACGGCCGCAAGCUCACCGAGAUCAUCAACACCGAGCACGAGAACGUCAAGUACCUGCCCGGGCACACGCUCCCCUCCAACGUGCGCGCUGUCGCUGACCUGGUAGAGGCUGUGAGUGGAGCAGAUAUCCUGCUCUUCGUGAUCCCGCAUCAGUUCAUCGGAAAAGUGUGCGACACCAUCAAGGACCACAUCAGGAAGGAUGCUCUGGGGCUGUCCCUCAUCAAGGGUGUGGAUGAGGGCCCAGACGGCCUGAAGCUGAUCUCCGCGGUGAUCCAGGAGAAGUUGGGCAUCACCAUGAGCGUGCUGAUGGGCGCCAACAUCGCCACGGAGGUGGCUGAGGACAAGUUCUGCGAGACCACCAUCGGCUGUAAGAAUAAGGAUCAUGGGGCGCUGUUGAAGGAGCUCAUGCAGACCAAAAACUUCCGGAUCACGGUGGUGGAGGAGUCUGAUGUUGUGGAGAUCUGUGGGGCGCUGAAGAACAUCGUGGCGGUGGGGGCGGGGUUCUGCGACGGGCUGGGCUUUGGCGAUAACACCAAGGCGGCGGUGAUCCGGCUGGGCCUGAUGGAGAUGAUCGCCUUCGCCCGCCUCUUCUGCACCGCCGGCCCCGUCUCCGCGGCGACCUUCCUGGAGAGCUGCGGCGUCGCUGACCUCAUCACCACCUGCUACGGCGGCCGCAACCGCAAGAUCGCCGAGGCCUUCGUCAGAACCGGCAAGUCCAUUGAAGAGCUGGAGAAGGAGAUGCUGAACGGGCAGAAGCUCCAGGGUCCAGCCACUGCAGCUGAGGUGUUCCACAUCCUGACCCGCAGGAACAUGGUGCAGGAGUUCCCCCUGUUCAGCGCGGUGUACCAGAUCUGCUACGAGCACCAUCCCGUCAGUGAGUUCAUCAGCUGCCUGCAGAACCACCCCGAGCACAUGUAGCUCAUCGCUCCAGGAGGGGGGGGGGGGGGUCGAUAACGC